AUGCGUCUUAUCUUUGUAUUAGUCGUUCUGCUAAGGAGCUCAUUCGCAACUGUUCCAUCCUCUCAUAGACGUUUCUUCACGCCAGAAGGGUUCAUCAAGGUAGACCCAGGAGGGCUCGAGGACAUUGAAGUCACCACCGACAAUCUGCUCUCUGAAAGGCUCUCCAAGAAUACGAGUCCUGUUCUAACAGGCCGUGGCUUAGACUCGCGUGCUUUAUCGAUAAGGCUCGUUAAUAAUUUUGAUAAAAGUAGUGUAAAAGCCUAUAUAACCGGUUUGGACUCCAGCGGCAAGGUCUUUUUCGCCCUCCACGAUGGCAAGCUUAUUUAUCCUGACGCUAGAGGGUCUCGCCUACCUGUCAAGGUCACAAAAUAUGUUGCUAUAUCUCUACCUGAGAAGGGUGAGCCACUGAGUAUUACACUUCCUUCAUUUAUUCGUUCUGGUCGCAUCUACUUUUCGAAUGAUGACCUGCAAUUUUUUGUCGUCGAUAGAGAUAACGGUAACAGCUUAGUUCAGCCUUCGGUCACAAACCUUCGAGAUCCCAACGCAAACGUGAGCUGGGGUUUCGUAGAGUUUACUUACAUCAGGAAUCUUCUCUACGCCAACAUAAGCUAUGUGGAUUUUGUGGGUCUAGUCCUUGGUAUGACGCUUGUUGCAAAAGAUGGGAGUACCCAAACCACAGCAGGACUCGAAGCAGAUGCUGUUAUCAAGAUUUGUGGCGAUCUAAUUAAGCAGAGAAAGCUAGACAAUCAUAAGUGGACCUCGCUAUGUAUUGCAGACACUGCUGGAAAGCCGAUCCGAGUAUUAUCUCCUGGUAAUCAGCAUGAUGUCGAUCCCGAGAUAUUUGGAAGUUAUUGGAAAACCUAUGUGGACCGUGUUUGGGAGAGAUACAUCACUCGGGAUCUCAUAAUAGAUACGCAAUCUAAAGCGGGCAUGAUCAAAUGCAGGAUUGUAGAUCACAAACUGAAGUGUGACGGACACGAGCGCGGACUCCCUAAACCUGAUGAUAAAGACAUUUGGGGCUGCAACAGUGGACCUUUUGCUAUCUCAGAGAACGAUAGUAUAAUUCAUACUGCUAUUGUUCCACGUUUGUGUGCUGGUCUUGUACGAUCUACUUUGUUACUCGAUGGCGGGUUUAUGCAGCCGAGCUUGGGUCAGACAUCGUACUACACGAUAAACCCCACUAAUCACUAUAGCCGGAUUGUCCAUUCAUUUGAGGUUGAUGGCAGAGGCUAUGCAUUUCCUUACGACGACGUUAAUCCUGAUAACAAGGAAGACGCAUCCGGAGUGGUGAGCUCCGACGAUGUUGAUUUGCUGACUAUUCAUGUCGGCGGUCCGCUUUCAAACUACUUGUCACAGUAA